CCUGAUGAUACCUCCUCUUCCUCCACCUUUCUUUUCUAGUAACCAUCUCUCUCAUCUCGGCCUGUACACAUACUAGAUGCUGGGUGUAUCUUACUUACUACUCUUGUUUUCCGUACCCUUGACGGUUGAUUUUCCCUUUUGUGUGUGUGUGUGUGUGUGUGUGUGUGUGUGUGACGCUACUGAUGCAGAAUGUAUUUGCUCCUUUGCUGCUUUUCGUUGUACCCAGGGUAUAGCUGAUCUUGAUCUCAGUGCUAGAAUGUGUUUACAGAUACAUAUAUGUCCACAUAUAUAUACAAUUACAUCGCAUCAUGUACUGACGAUGAUAGACCUUCCUGUCUUGUCAAUUGAAGGCGUUCUUGACGACCAAGUCUUCCACAUGUUCAAGAAUCUAACUAGUUAUUUCGGCAACUGAAAAGGCUACUGCUAACCAUUGCAAGGUACUACUAUUUAGCCGUAGUUAAGUGCUUCUACAAGUGUGACUAAACAAUACUGUAUGGCACCAUCAUGUCACUGCUUUGCUUGAAAAUGAGAUCACUUUGCACUACCAUCCAAUGGAUAGAACUGUGCAGUGCCAAUCAAUAUUCUGAGGCGAAUGGAGAGUUUUGCGGCCUUUCAAGCGUGGGUUUAGUCGCUGCUAGCUGCCU